UCACUGCCCUUUGGGACUUCCAGGGGAAAGAGCUAGGCAGUGGCAAAAGAUUGAGGUGAGCACAUUUGUCAGAUGGUGCCCAAUGAACUGACUUCUUUUUUAUUUAGCUUCUUACUUUUUUCUUUUCAGUAGCUACCUGAAGUUUCUGGAAGUAAAGCCAUUAUGGCAGACCUGGGCUGCAAAAAGCCCAGUGACUGCACCGUCUCCAGGCUCCUCAGCAUAGUGGAGAGUGAACUCCAGGCUGGGAGAGACAAAGGCGACCCCACGGAGAAACAGCUCCAGAUUGUCUUGGAGGAUGCGACGCUCUGGCAGAAAUUCAGGGAAGUCACUAACGAGAUGAUCGUGACCAAGAAUGGCAGGCGGAUGUUCCCUGUUUUGAAGAUCAGUGUGUCAGGCUUGGAUCCAAAUGCCAUGUACUCUUUCCUGCUGGACUUUGCUCCAACUGAUGGCCACCGCUGGAAGUACGUCAAUGGAGAGUGGGUGCCAGCUGGGAAACCAGAGCCACCAAACCACAGCUGUGUCUACAUCCACCCAGACUCUCCCAACUUUGGGGCCCAUUGGAUGAAAUCUGCAGUUUCCUUCAGCAAAGUCAAACUUACCAACAAGCUCAAUGGGAGUGGGCAAAUAAUGCUGAACUCCCUGCACAAAUAUGAGCCCCAGGUGCACAUAGUUCGUGUAGGAGGCCCCCACCGGAUGGUGAUGAACUGCUCCUUCCCUGAGACCCAAUUCAUAGCAGUGACUGCCUACCAGAAUGAAGAGAUAACAGCUCUCAAAAUCAAGUAUAAUCCCUUUGCCAAAGCCUUCCUGGAUGCAAAGGAAAGAAACCAUUCUAAGGAUGCUCCAGAGACAGUCUCUGAAGGUCAACAUAUGACAUAUUCGCACUUGGGGGGCUGGUUGAUUUCCAACCCAGACCUAGCAUGUGCCUCGGGAAGCUCUAAUUACCAGUACAGUGGACCUUUGCCUCGGCCUGCUCCGCAGGCUCCCCACAGCUGCGAGAGACACUCAGCCCUGCGAGGCCAUCGGGCUGCUCCAUACCCACCCUCCUACACGCAGAGGAAUCACUCCCCUACAGUUAACUUAUUGGAGAGCUCCAGCAAUAAUCUCCAGGUAUUCUCAGGACAUGACAGCUGGACUUUGCCAUCCUCUCCACACACCAAUUUGCUCUCACUGCCACAUACAAAGGGAGGCACCAGUCCUGGACCCAGCCACUACCCUUGCCUGUGGACAGUGAGCAACAGUGCUGUAAAUGUUGCCAACCCAGGAAGAGAGUUGAACAGCAGCCCUCCAAGCAUGUUUUUAAGGGGUAAUGUUCCCUUAUCUGCUGCAUCCUCAGUGCAAAUCCCUUUGCAGGGAAUGAUGUCUGGCAGCAUGGAAACACAAGGGGAAGGCACCUUCACCAGACUGUCUGACUCUGCGUGGACAUCCUCACACUCCUUUUAA